AUGCUCCACCUGCCAUACAGCGUCCUGGAGCGGGAUCAACCCCUCAUCCGAAUUUCCUUCACCACCUUUGUUAUCGGGAUGCUUCUUCUCCCUGUGACUGGCCUUACAUUGUCACUCUUCAUCUCUAUUAUUUACCAUUUUGAAGAUGCCAACUACACGCACUGUCAUGUAGACAACUACCUCCCAUCCAUCAGUGCCGCCAUUAGCCGCGUGCCAGAGCUCUACAUCUGGCGGUUUUGCAUCGGGCUGCACUCGGCGCCACGAUUCCUGUUGGCUACCACUUACUUCUCUUUUUACCGCCUUCGCUUUGCCGCCGCGCUGCCAGAGCUGCUCCUCAGCUGGCUGGCGUUCGUAUGCAACCUGGUCGAAAACUCUGCCCUUCUGCUGCUCACCUAUGUGUCAUCCACAGAGGACUACGACAUUCAUAAAGGCGCCUUUAUCGCUUUCAUUGGGAGCUCAACUCUCUACAUGCUUAUUACAUGUAGGUUGUGGUAUGUGAUCAAGAGUCACUAUGUGAAGAAAGAGGAACUGAUGUCGUUCAGGUGGAAGUUGCGUCUGCUCCUGUUCAACUUGAGCUGCUGCUUGGCUGCCGCCUACUUCUUCAGACGCCACAACAAACACUGCGAGGCUGGAGUCUACACGCUGUUCGCGCUCUGCGAGUACCUGGUGGUCUUCUCCAACAUGGCCUUCCACACCACGUCCAUCUUAGACUUUGGAAAAGAAUCUGUCAUGGUGACCGUAUUGCCUGAAGACAAACGAUAUUGA